UACUUUCGGGUGGUUUCUUUGGAGCUUGUGUGUACUGUGCUUGCAGUUGUAAUAUAUAACUUUUCUCAGAAGCCUUGCUGCCUCAAAGAGAUGAGAUAGCUUACUACCAUUUUGUUUAUGAUGUUGCGUGAGUGGUGACAGGAAUAAACGUCGCCAAAACCGCCUCUCCAAAGCAGCUAGUCCAUUACUUUGUGUGGAGAGUACGAAAAAUGAAUCGCUCAUGGCACUGAGGUACCAACUGCAACUUAUGGGCAGGCUUCGCAGCGUUCUGCCAGCAUGCGGUGCCCUUGUGACAACGCUGAAUCAGCCAGUACUCCACCAGCCCGUGCUUCACAGUGCACAAAGGCAACCUCUUAUUAUCAGCUACUGCCGUUAUGCGAAAGGAGCAAAUCGACCUAAGCACUCUGCAAAGGAAACCAAGCCUAAAAUUUCACUUACCGAUGAUGAACUUGCGGAAGUGGUCCGUAUUCAGAAUUUUCGAUCAGAAAUGGAAAAGGUAGUGCAGCGGUUGCAGGAAAGCUUCAUCAAGCACCUUAGUUUGAACUCUGCCGCAGGAAGCAUUGACACAAUACCAGUGCAUGUUGAUGGACAGGAGUAUAGCCUGGCAGAGGUGGCCCAGAUAGCGAAAAAGAAUCCCCAGCUUAUUGUGCUUCAUAUGGCAAGCUUCCCUGAUGCCAUCAAGGCAACUAUACAGGCCAUUCAGUUGUCUGGGUUGAACAUUUCUACACAGCAGGAUGGAACGACUGUGUUCUGCCACCUUCCCAAAAUCACCAGAGAGCACAGAGAAUCACUAGCUAAAAAUGCAAAGACCUUAUUUAACAAGGCAAAAGAGGAUCUACUCAACGUAGAGCGAAAGUACGUCAAAGAAAUCCAGAAAAAUAAGCAGAACGUCUCAGAAGAUCUCUCAUACAAUGCCACAUUACAGGUGAAAAUGGAAGUAGAAAAUACAAUCAACAAAGCUGAUGCCAUGACAAAAGCCAAACAGCAGGACUUGUUGGGAGGAAAAUAGUUCCUUAGGUAUGUGUGAAUGUACUGGAAAGGGGGGG